CGUCAUCACCCUUCACGGAAGUCAGCACUGGCGAUGGUGGCGACCUCUUCAGCCUAGCAGCAGGAAGAGGAUGUUUGCGUUCAAUGAAAGAAUAAUAUCACCUGAUUAUAAGCCUUUAUAACAGAAUAAACCGCCGUAGAGUUUUUCUGCUGCGUCUGCCAGGAUUAAGACAUCGUAUCACCUGGAGAAGACUCUGUGAGUCUGAAGCGGGGCGCUGGAUAACAUGUCCCUGUUCCAGUCGGCACUGGAUUUCCUAGCCGGGCCCGGUGCGUCCGGAGCGGCAGGCCGGGACCAGAAUGAUUUCGUCGGACAGGUCGUUGAACUCGGUGACAUGAAACUGAGGAUCAAGAGGGUGAUCGCUGAAGGUGGAUUUGCCUUUGUGUAUGAAGCCCAGGACAUGAGCGGUGGUAAAGACUAUGCCCUCAAGAGGCUGCUGUCCAAUGAGGAGGAGAAGAACAAGGAAAUCAUACAGGAAGUCUGCUUCAUGAAAAAGCUGUCGGGUCAUCCCAACAUGGUUCAGUUCUGCUCUGCUGCCUCCAUCAGUAAGGAGGAGUCGGACACCGGACAGGCCGAGUUCUUAAUCCUCACGGAGUUGUGUAAAGGUCAGCUGGUGGACUUUAUAAAGCGGGUAGAGCAGAGGGCUCUCCUGUCAUGUGACACUGUGCUGAAAAUCUUCUACCAGUCGUGCCGCGCCGUGCAGCACAUGCACAAACAGAAGCCUCCAAUCACACACAGAGACCUCAAGAUUGAGAACCUCUUGAUUAGUAACCAGGGCACCAUCAAGCUGUGUGACUUUGGCAGCGCCACCACAGUGUCACACUACCCCGACUACAGCUGGUCGGCACAGAAGAGGUCCAUGGUGGAGGAUGAGAUCACAAGAAACACCACUCCAGCGUACCGAACGCCAGAGAUGAUCGAUCUCUACUCCAACUUCCCCAUCAAUGAGAAGCAGGACAUCUGGGCCCUAGGAUGCAUCCUCUACCUGUUGUGUUUUAAGCAGCACCCAUUUGAGGAGGGGGCCAAGCUGCAAAUCGUCAAUGGAAAAUACUCCAUCCCUCAGAACGAUGUCAAGUACACUGUGUAUCACAACCUCAUACGUUCCAUGUUGAAGGUGAACCCAGAGGAGCGCCUGUCUAUUACAGAGUUGGUCAACCAGCUCCAGGAGAUAGCAGCAGCACGCAACGUCAACCCCAAGUCUCCCAUUACAGAGCUGCUGGAGCAGAACGGAGGUUUUGGUAACAACGGAGCCCAGCCGCCCAUGCAGAUCCAGAACGUCCACAACAAUGCAGGCAUAUACGAUCCAGAUCAGUCGGGCAGCGGCCUCUUUGACAUCUUACGGGGAGGAACGGAGCGCUUCCUGACCAACAUAAAGGACACUUCCUCGAAGGUCAUCCAGUCAGUAGCAAGCAACCCAAGCUAUGCCAAAGGGGACCUAGAUAUUUCAUACAUCACCUCCAGAAUAGCAGUCAUGUCCUUCCCAGCAGAGGGGGUGGAGUCAGCGAUAAAGAACAACAUCGAGGACGUCCGUCUGUUCCUGGAUUCCCGUCAUGCUGGUCACUAUGCUGUCUACAACCUCACCAAACGAUCAUACAGGUCUUCUCGAUUCCACAACAGGGUUUCAGAGUGUAACUGGCAGGUGCGCCGUGCCCCUAACCUCCGCAGUCUCUACAGUGUGUGUAAGAACAUGCAUCUAUGGCUCAAACAAGACCAGAGGAACAUCUGUAUAGUACACUGCCUGGACGGCAGGGCAGCAUCAGCAGUGGCAGUUUGCUCCUUCCUGUGUUUCUGUCGCCUUUUCACCACAGCUGAAGCUGCCGUCUACAUGUUCUCAAUGAAGCGCUGUCCACCCGGCAUAGCACCCUCACACAAGAGGUAUAUUGAGUACAUGUGCGACAUGAUGGCAGAGGAGCCCAUCGUCCCUCACAGCAAGCCCAUUACAAUUCACUCCAUCGCCAUGACACCAUUGCCGCUGUUCAACAAGCAGCGUAAUGGCUGCAGGCCAUUUUGCGAAGUCUAUGUCGGAGACGAGAGAGUCCUCACCACAUCGCAGGAGUAUGACAAGAUGAAGGAUUUUAGGAUGGAGGAUGGGAAAGCGGAGAUUCCCCUCAAUGUGACAGUCCAAGGAGAUGUACUGGUGGUGAUCUACCAUGCAAGAUCUACACUGGGAGGACGUCUACAGGCCAAGAUGGCAUCCAUGAAAAUGUUUCAGAUCCAGUUCCACACAGGCUUUGUCCCCAGAAAUGCAACCACCGUCAAGUUUUCCAAGUAUGACUUGGAUGCCUGUGACAUCCAGGAGAAGUACCCAGACUUGUUCCAGGUCAACUUGGACAUCGAGGUGGAACCCAGAGACAGACCCAGCAACAAGACCCCUCCUUGGGAGAGCUUUCAAACAAAGGGCCUCAACCCCAAAAUCCUUUUCUCCUCUCGUGAUGAACAGCAGGAGAUCCUCACCAAAUUUGGUAAGCCUGAGCUGCCGCGUCAGCCAGGUUCCUCAGCCUUUUAUGACUCCGAGUCGCCCCAGCCGGCUCAGACCCCCGAAGGCUCCAAUGCAACAGAACCAGAAUCUCCUGUGAGCACGGAUAGCAACGCCAACAACUUCUUCCAGACACUGGAUUGGGAAGAUGUGGGUGGUCUUCAGGAUGCUUCAGAAAGUCAAGGAGGGGGAUCCAUCAAUGACCAGGAGGACCUGAGUGAUCAAUCGGAAGGAGAAUCCUACUCUUAUUCUGCCCCCGGUGGGGAGCCACUAUCACGUGACCCCAGCGAACCACUGUUUGAUGCUGACUUCCAGAACUCCCCUGCUGCAGCUCAGGAAUCUCCUAUCGGUGACACAGCUGACCUCUUGGGGUUGAACUCUGACCCCUCCAUGUCCUCGACCUCCUCCUCUGCUCCUCAUCAAGGAGUCCAGGGGGGACUGAAAGGUGCAUCCAGCAACAGCGACCUCCUCAACGACCUGUUUGCACCCCCUGCUGGUCAGACGGUAACAGUGCAGGAAGACUUGUUCUUCAGUGGGCCAGCCGGCGGGGCCGCACCAGACUCUAAAUCCAUGGGCGACCUCUUUGAUCCGUUUGGGAUGGGGUCGGGCUCUGGUGUUGGCUCCACUGUGGGUUCGUCUCGACAGGCCUCUGGGUCGGACCUGUUUGGAGACUUAUUGGGUUCUGAAAGUUCAGCUCACAGUAACCCCACUCCUGCUUCCAACACAAGCCUCUUCAACCUCAAUAAAAUAGUCAAUGAUGCCCCUAAAAUGACAUCAUCCGCCAGCCAACCAGACCUGCUGGGUGGAUGGGACAGCUGGGCAGCUGGCACCACCGCCAGCAUGAGCGCCACAGCCAGCAAACCCAGCUAUACCAACACAGCUCCUGGUGUGGCCCCCAUGUCAAAGGCCAAGUCCCAGACCUUUGAUCCUUUUGCAGACCUAGGAAACCUGGGAACCAGUUUACCAGGUUCCUCCAGCAGUAAUAUUGCGGGGCCUUCAUUUAGCACAAAGGCUCCUUCCUCCUCCACUUCAUCCUCUGCUAAAGCUCAAGCCCAGCCCUGGCAGGCUGGAAGACCCACCUCAGCCCAGAACAAAGCCUGGAUGUCUGGAUCAGGACCUGGGUCUGCACCCAAAGCACCUAAAGCAUCCUCUGCCCCUCAGCCUGCAGGCACACAAACCACCAAACCCAACUACAACCUCAACUUCGCCAGUGUCAUUGGUGGGAGGGAGGACAGAGGAGUUCGUGGGCCUGGAUUUGGCCCCAAGCCGAAGGUGAAGAAGGAUGAUUUUGAGGACCUGCUGUCAACUCAGGGUUUUGCCUCUCGGCCUGAUAGGAAGGGCCCAAGGACCAUCGCUGAAAUGAGGAGACAGGAGCUCACAAAAGACAUUGAUCCACUUAAAUUACAGAUCUUGGACUGGAUCGAGGGGAAGGAGCGAAACAUCCGAGCGCUGCUGUCGACUCUUCACACUGUGCUGUGGGAGGGGGAAACCCGCUGGAGGCCUGUGGGCAUGGCUGAUUUGGUGACACCUGACCAGGUGAAGAAGUACUACAGGAAGGCUGUGCUGAUUGUCCAUCCAGACAAGGCAACAGACAAGCCUUAUGAACAUUACGCUAAGAUGAUCUUCAUGGAAUUGAACGACGCCUGGACAGAGUUUGAGAACCAGGGAUUCAAAGCACUCUUCUAAACCCUGGUCUGGAUCCCAGCUAGACCAGACUGGACUGAAUUUUGCUAACCAAACAAGGGUUAGACUGGGCCAGAUUGGACAGGACUGAGCCAGAUUGGACAGGACUGAGCCCACAUUGGGCCUUAGGGGGUGCAGAGCCUCUGAGAGGUGUCCUCUCUACCAUUCCCUUCACUCCCUUCUUCCUUCUUUACUUUCUUCUGUUUCUACAGUCAAGGAAAAAGACUUUUUGCCUCGUGUCCGGCUGUAGGGAAAAUGUCCUCACUGGUCCAUAAACAGCCAGUAAAAUGAACAUUGUGAUAGUACUAUAACUCACUGCCUACCUGUACGACUGCCUGAGUGGUGCUGCAAACAUCUGGAGGGAAGAAAGGGUGACAAUCACAUGAAGAAGACAAAAUGGAUAAGAAAUCAGAUCAUACCAAGACUUAAAACAACAAAGCUGUUUAUCAUGACGGUGGUAUUUAGAUAAAAAAGAUUUAAUGACGCCACAUUUGUAAAAAUGCUGGUCAAUUUUGGCUGUGGCUGGCAAGUUUGUCAUUUGUGCCUGGCACUUUUGCAAACAACCAGUCAUUUUGCAGACUGGUAAAAAAAAAAAAAAAUCUGAUCAUGGCUGUAAAUUUCUCAGCAUGACGGAUGAAAUGGAAAGUGUUGUUUAAAAGCUUUAUUGCAUUAAAACAAAGUGAAUGUUGCUGAUGAAUCUGGGAACAAACCAGCCACAGCAACCAAAUGGACAAAAAAGAAAACUUGUACCCUGCCUCUAAUGCAGAAGCAGGAAUUACAAUCUCCCCAGGAUUUUGAAACAAGAUAGACACGGUGAAAAUACCCAUUAAUACUUUGAAGUGUUUCCUUUCGGGGUCAACAGUUGGUUGGGGUUUGAUGUUGAGCCAUUUCCUCUCCAGAAAGAUGAGACUUUUGCCUGCUGAACACUACUAGUGCUGCUUCUACCAUUACAGUUACUGCUACACACUCCUCAGAUUGAUGUUAAUACCUGCAUCCUAAAACUUCUGACAAAGGAGCUGAACUUGUUUUGGAGCCCCAUAUUAACCUCAGAGGGCAGUCUGUUUGUUUUUUUUGAAGUGCUCUUUUAAUUCCACCCACUCAGGCUAUACUGUGUAGCUAACCGCAUGCUCUCCCACACCAAACCUCUAAUCAACAGGAGGUAGGUGUGUUUGAUUUCAAACCAGGGUAGUCCAAACGGGCGGGGGGCUCUUUUAUCGAAGUGCUCUUUUUCUUGUAGCAGAAACGCAGAAGGGUCUACCUGCCUGAUUUAAGCUGAGUGACUUCAUGCCUCACACUGCUCAAUGCUUUUGGGCAUCUCCAUCAUCACUGUCAUUAUUAACCCCUCUCUUUGUCUCUGUAAGCCCCACCCACCUCCAGCGCCCGGCUCAGUGGACAUGUUUUGUCAGUGCAUAGGAGGAGAUCAAAAAAAGUGAAGGAAUAAAAGGAGACUUUGGUGAUUUAAUCUGGUUGCUCUUAGUUUUACACUUUCUUGUAUGUUUUUGGGUUCAUUUUGGAGCUUUUGUCAGUUAAUCAUCACUUCAGUGUAAAUAUGAAAAUAUUAUCAUCCAUCAAGUGGCUUUGUUAAGAUUACAGCCUGGGCAGUUGAUGCGUUACGGAGCUUUAUGCUUGACUGCGUGAAUGGUUGUGUGAAAGUGUGGUGUGUGUGUGUGCAUGUGUGUUUCUUUCUCGUGAAAGAUAAUGAAACCUUGUUGAAGAUUUGAUUUGUCAUGAUUUCUUGUCUGCUAUCACAAUCUUUUCUUUCUUAAUUUAAUUUCUUUCAGCCUCUCGCACACUUCAAAACAAAUCUUUCCAGCUUGCAAUUUUUCCCCCAUCAUUUUUUUUAUAUUUUACCUCAUGGACCAAUCAAAUCACCUGUUUUUCUUAUUUAUUAUGAUGUUUUUUGGGAGUGUUGGGGGUUAUAAUGACAUGUAUUCAUGCAUAUUGAUGGCACAAGUGAACAUUUUCAGAUAAUAUAUAAGUGGAAUGUGCGGAGUGAAAGUGGGAAAGUUGUUGGUUGAUCACAGUGAGCCUCUUUGUUGCUGUUUUCAUUCCAAAGCAUCUAUUAUUAAUAUGAAUGUGCUUUUACAAAUAUAUAUCCUCUCUGUUAUUAAGCUGUAUGUGUUUAUCAUUUGUCUGUUCAGUUUUUUGUUGUCUUUUUUUUUUUUCCUCCUUGCUUCUGUUUUGCAUUUUGACAUUCUGUUAAAAUUCCAACACGAGGGGCCAGUAAACCUAAGUAAGAAAAAAAAUGAAUAAACUGAUGCUUGAAAUUCAGUUGAAAUGAUUUUUGACAGUAUCAUCAUAGUACAAAGGAGGAUUGCAAAACCACACAUCGGCAGUGUUAACUGUACCAAAUUACAUCAUACUAAUAUGAAUGUAGACUUCAAUGACAGAAACAAAUAAAAAAAUCCUUUUGGUUUGAGGCAAUUA